GCGCGCCAACAACUUGCGCGAUCGCGCUUCGCGGCCCCGGCGCGGAGCCCGGGGCGCCGGCAACCCCGCCAUGUCACGAUCCAACCGGCAGAAGGAGUACAAAUGCGGGGACCUGGUGUUCGCCAAGAUGAAGGGUUACCCGCACUGGCCGGCCCGGAUUGACGAGAUGCCUGAGGCAGCCGUGAAAUCCACAGCCAACAAAUACCAAGUCUUUUUUUUUGGGACCCAUGAGACGGCAUUCCUGGGCCCCAAAGACCUCUUCCCUUACGAGGAGUCCAAGGAGAAGUUUGGCAAGCCCAACAAGAGGAAAGGGUUCAGCGAGGGGCUGUGGGAGAUCGAGAACAACCCUACAGUCAAGGCCUCCUCUGGUUACCAGUCUUCCCAGAAAAAGAGCAGUGUGGAAGAGCCGGAGCCGGAGCCAGAGCCGGAAGCCCCCGAAGGUGAUGGCGAUAAGAAGGGCAAUACGGAGGGCAGCAGUGACGAAGAAGGGAAGCUGGUCAUCGACGAGCCGGCCAAGGAGAAGAAUGAGAAGGGAGCGCUGAAGAGGAGAGCAGGGGACCUGUUGGAGGACUCCCCUAAACGUCCCAAGGAGUCAGAAGACCCUGAAGGAGAGGAUAAGGAAGUGGCCACCUUGGAGGGUGAGAGACCCCUUCCUGUGGAGGUAGAGAAGAAUAGCACCCCCUCUGACCCGGUCUCUGGCCGGGGGCCUCUGGAGGAAGAGGAAGAGGAGGAAGAGGCCGAGGCACCUGGCGUCAGAGAUCAUGAGAGCCUGUAGCCACCAAUGUUUCAAGAGGAGCCCCUGCCCCGUUCCUGCUGCUGUCUGGGUGCUACUGGGGAAACUGGCCAUGGCCUGCAAACUGGGAAAUCUUUUCCCACCCAACCCGCUCUUCUCCACUCACCUCCCCAUCAGCCUAGCCCCGGUUAUUGACCUGCCCUCACCCUCAGGUCCCUCCUCUACCCCACGAUCUGAUCUGGGCCAUGCCUUUUGUGCCCUGAGAUGAGGUGAGGCCAUCGUGUCUCCUGCUUAGACUUGCCUCCCAGGGCUUCUGUUGGGGGUCUGGGCUCCUAUUUCCAUUUCCUGACACCUCCCGUCCCACACAGGCAUUCUAUGCUUUGGGCUGGCUUGGGCCAGGAGUGGAAGCGACUGAGCGUAAACUCCAGUGUGGGGGGUCCGGGUGGUUUCUCACCUCCUGUCCCCUGUUCCCAUAACUAUUGUCCCGUCUGCCUAGAUUCAGGAAAUAGGGGACAGGUGUGGGAAAGGGCCUCUCUUCUAUAAAUUCUUAAUGAUUGACAACUCCCAUUCUUCUUUUGCUGACCCCAGGAGUUCUGGGAGUAGUUUGUCAUCAGAAGACUUUGAGGCUUCCAAGUUGUUAGGGCCAAGGACCUGGAGAGAGCUGACACCUGAAGGGCUGACUCACCUAUUCUGUGGGAGCUUUGAACAUCUAACCCUCUUGAGGCGGGGUGACCUAGGGAGGGGGCCCCUGCUGCCCUCUUCCUUCUUCCCACAGUGCUCAAGGCCAGCCUGCAGUCAGAUAGAUCACCCAGACAUAAAGACACAUUUUUUUAGAAAAUGUUUUUAAUAAAAGAAAAUUACAAAAAAAAAAUUUAACCCCCAGCCCGCUGUGUGCUCCCCGCUCUGCUCCUUCCUCCACCAUAGCCCCAGGUGCUGGGAGGCUCCCUUCUGUUCUGUUCGGGGCUCAAUGGCUUUCUUCUCCAAGCUGAGCUGGGGCUUGCCUCAUGCUCCUUCCUCGCUGGCAGGCUGCCCUGCUGUCUGGAGCUUGAUGACUUUUCUCCUCGCUGGGGCUUCGAUGCUCCUCCAGAGUCACCCCCACACUUGGUCCCCUUGGUGUUGUCUCCCAUCCAGUUUGUAGCUCACUGGGAGGAAGAGGGAAAGUGCCCCUGCCAGCCUCUUCCUGGUGGCUCAGACACGCUCUUCAUCUUGUCUCUUGCUCCUGCCCCUCCCUUGGGCUCUGAAGAAAAAUGCUGACUAGCUUUGGACGUUUAGCUCUGAGAACCGUAGACAGUUUCAGUUUCAGUAGGAAAAUAAAACCUGUUGAUUACUAUUA